AGAACUCAGAUGAAGCGAUCCACCAUGAUGCUCUUGGUUAUUCUCAAUCUUCUGCAGGAGGUUCUUGGACUUGCAGGUGUAGCUCUUGACCCCUGCUCUGCCUACAUCAGCUUGAACGAACCCUGGAGGAACUCGGACUUCCACGUCAACCAGUCGUCCAGCGUGCCCCUGUGUGACAGCCACAUGUCUGGGGAGUGGUACCGCUUCACUGGCAUGGCCGGGGACGCAAUGCCUACCUUCUGCAUCUCUGAGAACCACUGCGGCACCCACGCCCCCGUCUGGCUCAACGGCACCCACCCGCAGCUCCAUGAGGGGAUUGUGACCCUGCCGGUCUGCGCCAGCUUCAAGGACAACUGCUGCCAGUGGAACGCCAGCAUUGAUGUGAAGGCCUGUCCUGGAGGAUACUUUGUCUACCGCCUGCCUAGGCCUUCUGUCUGCUUCCACGUUUACUGUGGCCAUUUCUAUGAUAUCUGUGAUGAGGUGGACUGCAAAAGUCCCAGAUGUGAGUGCCGCUGUGCGCCGGGAACUGUCCUGGGACCAGACGGGCAGACGUGCUUGGAUGUAAAUGAGUGUGAUAAAGAGAAUGGCGGCUGUGCCGAGGCGUGUGUGAACACCAAGGGUUCGUGGCGCUGUGAGUGCGGACGAGGACGCGUGCUGGACGAGGACGGACGCAACUGCAGAGAGAUUGCGGGUUGUCACGUCAACAACGGAGGAUGCAGCCACGUCUGCUCCCAGAUGCGAAACUCCUAUCAGUGCAGCUGUCCCCGAGGGCUGGAGCUGGGAGAAGAUAAAAGCACAUGCCAGGUGCCAGUCCGGUGUGAUCCCAGCUCAAUUACGGUGUCCGUUCCUAAAGACCUCGUUGGAGGUCUGGAGCUUUCGCUGUCAAACUCUUCCUGCCGAGGAGUCUCCAAUGGCACCCACAUCAACCUGAGCUUCAGCCUCAAAACCUGUGGCACGGUGGUGAAGGUGACGGAAAACAAGAUAGUUGGGACCAACCUGGUGACGGGCCUGCCGCAGAGCAUCCCCGGCAGCAGCAGGGACUUAAUAGUCCGAACCGGCAAGUUACUGCUCCCGGUGACAUGCGAGUUCCCGAGGGAGUACCAGGUGUCGGACGGGUACCAGGCAACUCUGCAGGGCUCGGCCUUGGAGCUGGAGAGCCACAGCGAGGGCGUCUUUGGGUUCAACUUGGAGCUGUUCAAGAACGCAGAGUUCUCUGAGCCGUACCGCAGCCCGCCGCAGCUCCACCUGCACGACUCGCUGUUCUUUGGGGUGGAGCCAAAGGAGAGAGUGGAGGGCCUCUCGGUCCUGGUGGAGAGCUGUUUCGCUACUCCAGGACCCAAAGCCGACCAGGCCCUGAAGUAUUACCUCAUCAAAGAUGGAUGCAUCUCCGAUGAAACGGUGACACAGUAUUCAUCAAAGGACCAGCUCUCCAAGCAUUACCACGUCCCCGUCUUCAAGUUCAUUGGCAAGGACAGCCAACAAGUGUUCCUCCACUGUCGGGUGUUGGUGUGCGGGGCAGGAGACACCCGCUGCGCCCAGCGCUGCCGUGGACGUGCACGACGGGAGAUUUGGAUUAGAAACAAUCAGCAAAAGCAAACAUUGAACACAGGACCUAUUUACAUCCUGCCUUAGACGAGUGUCUCUAAAACAACCAGCAGAAAAAUAUGCCAGCACAUAAAUUACUCUUGCAAAUGAGGUGACCAUUUCAGUUUAUUUGGUAGUUAAAGCACCAAAUAGAUGCAGACAUACAGUCCAUUGCACUGUCCCUUUAAAGUCCUACACACAUAAAUACAC